AACUGGUAGGAACCCACCUCUGGUAAGGCCAUUGCAAUAAGGAGCAGAUGCACCAGCCGUGCAGAAAAGGAGGAAACGGAUUCACCACUCAACAAUCUGAGAUCAUUGUGUCUGCUGUAAUGAACAUUAUGAAAAACAAUAUGGAUAUGAUACACAAAGACAUGGUCACCAAAAUGCAACAGGAAAUUGCUGUUCAGCAGAUAAUGUCUCACAUUGGUGUUGUAAAAAAGGAUAUGAUUAUUUUGGAAAAGAGUGAAUUUUCAGCACUCCGAGCAGAAAAUGAGAAAAUAAAAUUUGAACUUCAGCAGCUAAAAAAGCAAGUAACG